GCAAUCAGCUGGAGCUCCUCUUCUGAAUCUUCUCAGUAAGUCCCCUGCGUGUGUGCGAACUGUUUUUGGCAGCUCAACCUAAGUUGCGCAAGCUGCAGAAGGGAUCUGGUCAGGGGAAACCCUUCUCUCAUAGCCAGAUGUUAGUGAGAUGUUCGUUCGACCUGUUUGGAUACGUAGUAAAACAAAAGCUUAAAUAUACAUUUAAGUUUAUGUAUACGGUUUGUGGAUUGGUUUGUUACCAAUGAAACUGGAAUGUCAAUAUACACGGUAAAGAUGAUGACUCACGGUAUAUCUUGAAAUAAACGUGUCGCAAGUCACCUGAGUGUAUCACAAAGUAUUUCUGUUUGUGACAGCCGAUUUAUGACUAUUUAGAAUAUGUUUCUGUUGUCAUGCUGUAUUUUGGUGCCUGGACUUGGUAGCUCUGAAAUUCACAGAGGAGUCGCGGUCAUACUCUGCGUAUGAGAAGGAGCCCAAAAUAUGAAUACGGAAUCACCGGGUAGAUUAUCUUUACUGCGGAUGAUUGAUGAAUCCCGGAAUGAAACCGCUGGCUUUCUAUACAAAAUAUUGCGAAAGUUGCUGGUAUUACAAAUCUGGCCAACGAGAGGGUAAAGGGAAAAUCACACAUGAUCCAUUAGCAUAGUUCAUAUCAGUUUUUUUGGAAUGAGUAUGGAUUAUUUCCACAUGCAAAUCAAAAGUUAUUAUUGCUGAUGAUAAAAAUAAUAAUGAAAGAGAUUAAUUAUACAGAUGCUUUUGUUUAGUCCUACCUUGUAUAACUUCAUAACAAGAUAUUAAGUUGUUUUAUACAUCAGGAUGUUUGAUUAAAUAAACUCAGUAUAUCUGGGUUGGGGGGCAACAGAUGACCUUGGACCCCCCAGAGGGGGGUCCUUUUUUCCCCCACUAGUCCAACUGAAGUUUUUGUUCUUCUCCACUGUGGUCAGCUGCCUCUUUAUGUUUCCUGGGUCUUUGUAUAUGCAAAGCACGUUGGGCUAGCUGUUCUGAGUAGGUGCCUCAUAAGCGUGAAGUGAAUGGAGCCGCUGCUCGUGGCUGGGUACCCCGGGUUCUCGCUCUCUGCUGUGCCUAUCCCAGGAAACCCAGCGACCUAUAACGCGAAGGUAUGAGCUCAUGCCGCUGGUCCACACUGCCGCUGGCCAGGAGGGGGCGGGGCCUAUGGGCCAGGGUGAGCCAGAUGAGGAGACGGCUGUGCCUGGAUCACCAGAGCUGCGUGGACGUCCAGCUGGAGCCGCGGGCUGGUGUCUGGCUGCGUAGCUUCCACUUCCUGGACACAGAUCGCUACUGUCUGGAUCCAGUGCAGGAGUGGGGGGAGGAGAGAGAGGAGGGUGUUGUGUAUGGCGUGACCCUGCGCAGAGAUCCAGUCCAGCCGGCCCCUGACACCACGGACGGCCAGCUGAGCCAGGGCUGCGCUCAGCAGGAGGUGUGCAAGCUACGGCGACUCAAGGCAACCACUCUGGACCGGCUGGUGGCUGAGCUUCUGGACCCAUCCUGUCAAGAGCCAAACUACAACCACAUCUUCUUGUCUACCUACCGAGCUUUUACCAGCACUAGCACGCUGGUUGAGCUGCUUUUCCAAAGGGAUGAUGUCCUCUCCGAGUUAUACCCGGACUGCCAGAACAGCUCCAUGCUUCCACUCAUCCAGACUUGGCUCGAUGAGUACAGUGAGGAUUUCUGGGAUCCUCCACAGUGCUCGGCCCUACGGUUGCUCUCAGCCCACUUGUUCCAGCGACCCUGCUUCCGCCGACUGGCCAAACGUGCUAAAUCACUGCUGAGGAAAUUUCAGGAAGAGAGCAAUCAGCAGGAAAAGGUCUUGUUGGGGGAGGAAGCUGAGAUGCUAGAUGUUCAGGGUGCAGAGGAGAUGAGCCUAACCUGGGAUAAUGCAGAGGAGCAGGUAGACUUCAUGGACUUCCCUGUGAGAGAUGUUGCAGAAGAGCUCACGCGAUUGGAUGCUGAGCUCUUUGAGAAGGUCAUGCCAUUCCAGUGUCUGGGCUGUGUGUGGUCCCAGCGAGACAAGAAGGAGAACUUGGCACCCACUAUCCGAGCAACCGUCGCCCAGUUCAAUACUGUCACGAACCGGGUCAUCACCUCGCUGCUGUGCAGCCCAGUGGGUGUAACCAUUCCGCUGGCCAGCAGCCCUGCCCAGAGGGCUCGGAUUAUCGAGAAGUGGAUCUGCGUGGCGCAGGAGUGUAGGCAGCUGAAGAACCUCUCCUCCUUGAGGGCGAUCUUGUCGGCUCUGCAGUCUAAUGCCAUCUACAGGCUAAAGAAGACUUGGGCGACUGUCAGUAGGGAGUACAUUGCCAACUUUGAGAACCUCUGCGACACCUUCACAGAUGAGAACUGUGUGCUGACCAGCAGGGAGAUUGUGGUGGAGGAUGAGAGCCAGGCGGUCGAAGACCCCUCCGCCCCUCACCAGUCCCCCAAGAUCUGCCCUCCGUCGAUGAGCGCAGCCAGUGGCGUCGUUCCCUACCUGGGCACGUACCUGACCAUCCUGACCAUGCUGGACACCGCGCUGCCCGACACUGUGGAGGGUGGUCUCAUCAACUUCGAGAAGCGGAGGAGGGAGUUUGAGAUCCUUUCCGAGAUCCGGCAGCUCCAGGGCACCUGCUCCCUGUACAGCCUCUCCCCCCACCCCCAGAUCGCUGCAUGGCUACAGGACUGCGAGCUGCUGUCUGACCAAACCAGCUAUGAGCUGUCUCAGGAGCUCGAGCCCCCGGUCGACACCUAUCCCAGCCCCCCCACCUCCUGGGCCCCCCGGCAAUUUGGCAAGAAGCUAACUUCACUGUUGACCCUGGGUGAUGGCACCAACAGCAAGACACAUGCAGACCAGAUCAGUGUGUCUUCCUCAGGGUCCAGCAGCUCGGAGUUGGACGAAUUAUCAACGCCACAGCUCUCACCGAGAGGCAAGUCUUCACCCUGCCCUUCUCACGAAGACGUUGAAGCCUCCCUGUCUGCCACUUCAGACAUCUCCCUGAUCUCCGGCUCCCAGACAGACGUAUCAGUUUCCCCGUCUAUCUCCAUGAGCCAGGACCCCAGCCCUGGUUCCCAGGCCCCUACGGCCUCUCAGCCUGUCUACAACAAGCAGGUGGCCGACUCGUGCAUCGUGCGGGUCAGUGUCGAGUGUGGCAACAACGGCAACGUCUACAAAAGCAUCCUGCUGACGAGUCAGGACAAGACUGCGCAGGUCAUCCAGAGGGCACUGGAGAAGCACAAUUUGGAAGGUGUGGACAUCCAUAAUUUCACCCUCAGCCAGGUGCUGCCUGAGGACAAAGAGCUGUGCAUUCCAGACAAGGCCAAUGUGUUCUAUGCAAUGUCCACCUCAGCCAACUAUGACUUUAUCUUGCGGCGGAGAUGGAAGAGCCACCUAAGACCCCUGGAAGGUGCCUACAGCUCUGGGUCUCUGACAACGCAUCACCAAGCCAAGUGACAGCACCCCUCUUUGGGCUGAGGAAUUACUACAGCAGAAGAGGGGAGACCGGUUGUCAUUGGGAAGGAACAGAAUAGGCAGCAGCUGUGUUUGUUGUCCUUGGAGGUGAAAAGCAUUUCAGGGCAGACCGGAACCCAAAGAGGAAGGACAGAAAGGGGGGGGGGGGCCGGGGGCUGCCUGAAGAUCGUCACAGAGGUGCAGAGAUGCACGAGCACUUCAUCUGAAGACAUGGAGAGGAGAGAACAGGAUCAUUUGUAGAUUUGGCGUGUGCCUGGAGGGACACAUUUUAUGUAAAAUAAUAAGCAUUUUCUUAGUGAAUAAAUGCAAGCGUACAAGGAAGGACACGAAGAAGCACUUUGGGAUGAAUACAAGUAUGUUGGGAGUGACUUCAGGAAGCCUUAUUGGGGAAUGUCGGCUCUCCAGAGAGAUUUCUGGAAUUGGAUUGUUCUGCUUAGCCAUCCACUAAUUUUUUACACCUAAUAUAAUGACUAAAAUCCACACACUAUUGCCUUGCAUGCAAUUAAAUGCACUCGAAAAAGAGCACAUACUUUCUGAUAUAAUCGGGUAGCAGCCCAGUUCUCACGAUUGCAUUUGUACAAAUUAGGAAACUUUUGACGCGUUACCGGAGCCUUCGGAAAGACUCGUCGCAUCGUGUCGUUAAGCCACGCAGACGCCCCGUGUCCGAAAAAAAAGGAAAGUCUUUCUGAAACAUGUGAUACGGGCGUGAUGUAGGGGAGCGCACCUUGAUGCAGUUUUGUUCAGUGGAAUGCCGGUGAGCAUUCCAGGAGAGCUUUCAGUUGGCCGGGAGGUGUGAAGCCUUGCUUUGGACAUGCCGCGAUGACAGUUUCCUCUGAUGACCUGAGGAGGGUGACUGCUUAACUGGACCAGCGGCAUUCCAACACAACACCCUGACUUCAAUUCUUCAUAGUGAGGGACACUCACGGCGCCAUAGUGAUUAUUACCACUGCAACGGACAGGAGAAUGUUUGCCUGCAGCCGGUUGCACCGGCACGAUGUUAUUUCAGUGUUACUACCCAGGGAAAAUGAAGGACUCGCACCACUCAAGGCCUAAGAAUCUGUGGAAAGGAUCUUGUGGUGCUUCCGUUUCAGCCCUGACCCUCUUUGUUCUGUCAUCCCCCCAUCGUCUCACUCGUUUUGCCAAUGUUGUCUUCUGUUUGCUCUCUCCCCCGGAGAAACUCCCAUUGUCUCAAGUGUUCCACCAGUGUUAUCAUUGAUCAUUUCCAAGCUGAAUGCUCCCCAUUGCGUAUUAAAAUUGCAGAAGAUGUCUGUUGCACAAGUCAAAGGAUAAGCGACCAGUGAAUGAAAGUCCGCCUUUAUCUUUCCAGGUGUAGCCAAGAUGCACUUUCAUUCUGAGGAUUAUCCCUGAAUUAUCACUCUGAUCUGAGUCGGUGUUUAAUUUAUAUUGUUUUAAUUGUAUCUGUGCAUUUAUAUAUUAUAUUGUAUAUUUAAUAUAUUGUCAUGCUUAUUGUUGCUCUCUCUGUGUCCCAGCUAUUGUUUUUUCUUCUUCUUUCCCAGUAAUGAGUCUCUGGGCGAUUUGCCUGGCACUUGAGGAAGUAUUUAUGUAAAUGAACUUGAACAAUGAGGUGUGUGUGUGUGUCUCUGUGUCUGUGUGCAUGUGCAGGAGGUGUGUCGAUUAGGCUGUCGGUGUGCUGUUUAAAUUUGGGCUGUUCUUCCAACCAGCACCUUAUAUCAUGCACCAGGCCACAGCUCGGCGUUCGUUGUCUUUUCAGUUUCCCAUGUACCUUGUGGAAUGCAUCGUGUCACAUGACCUUUGUGUCUCUCCUCUGUUUGGCUCUGUGUAACUAUGUCAUUGCUUUUAAACUUCGCAGCAGUAGCUGCAAAUAAAAACUUACAUGUUC